AUUUUAAUUCCUAUGAGAGCCUCUGCCUUUGGGAAGAAUGAGUCAGGUAUUGUUGGCUGACUCUUAUUAUUCUCUUCCUUGAGAUAUACUGAUAUAACAUUCCUGCCUUGAUUUUUUUAUGGAGCUAACUAGUUAGAUCAAAAUAAACAAGGUAAAUUGGGGCACAACAAGGAAAUCAGGACCAGAUAUAAGAUGAAAAUAAGAAUUGUCACUUUGAAUGUUAGAGACGAUUUUCUCUCUCUGACUCUUGUUUCCUGUUUCAGCUCACAGCAGAGGAGGAAUGAUUGUGAACAGUCUCACGCUGUGUUACCAAGGCAAAGUUAUCCUGGCCCCUAUGGUUCGAGUAGGGACUCUUCCCAUGCGUCUUUUGGCCUUGGAUUAUGGAGCUGACAUAGUCUACUGUGAGGAGCUGAUUGACAUUAAGAUGCUUCAGUGCAAGAGAGUUGUUAAUGAGGUGCUGGAUACCAUUGACUUUGUAGCACCCAAUGAGAGAGUCGUUUUCCGUACCUGUGAAAGAGAGCAGAAUAAGGUCGUCUUUCAGAUGGGAUCUGCAGAUGCAGAGCGAGCCCUUGCUGUGGCCAGACUUGUAGAGAAUGAUGUAGCUGGCAUUGACAUUAACAUGGGUUGUCCAAAAGAAUACUCCACUAAGGGAGGAAUGGGAGCAGCACUUCUGUCUGACCCUGACAAAAUUGAGAAGAUUUUGAGUACCCUUGUUAAAGGAAUUUGCAAACCAGUGACCUGCAAGAUUAGGAUCCUUCCAUCGCUUGAAGAAACACUGAAUCUUGUAAAGCGGAUAGAGAGGACAGGGGUGGCAGCUAUUGCAGUCCAUGGCAGGAAGAAGGAAGAGAGACCUCAACAUCCUGUCCACUGUGAUAUUAUCAAAGCCAUUGCUGAAGCCGUCUCCAUUCCAGUAAUAGCUAAUGGAGGAUCUCACGACCACAUCAAAGUAUAUUCAGACCUAGAAGCCUUCCGGCAAGUGACUUCAGCAUCUUCCGUGAUGGUGGCCCGCGCAGCCAUGUGGAACCCAUCCAUCUUCAGGAAGGAGGGCCUACAGCCUCUGGAAAGGAUCAUGCAAGAGUAUAUAAAAUAUGCGGUGAGAUAUGACAACCACUACACAAACACCAAGUACUGCCUAUGUCAGAUGCUGAGAGAACAGCUAGAAACUCCCCAGGGAAAGAAGCUCCAUGCUGCUCAGUCUUCCCAGGAAAUCUGUGAGGCCUUCGAAUUGGGCGGCUUCUACGAGAGGGUGACGGCAGAGCUGGAGGCCAAAGCAGCCAGCCUCCGGCAGGAAGCUCGGGAGGAGCAGGACCAGGCCGCAGGCCCCGACGUCAUCCAGAUGGCCGUGAAGUUUGACAAGAGACAGUAUCCACCUCAGAUCACACCCAAAAUGUGCCUGCUGGAAUGGUGCCGGAAGGAGAAGUUAGCCCAACCAGUGUAUGAAACAAUCCAGAGACCAGUGGACCGCUUGUUCCGCUCCAUCGUCAUUGUUUCUGAGCACAAGUACUGCUCAGCAUUAUGGGACAAGUCCAAGAAGCUGGCAGAACAAGCUGCAGCCAUCGUCUGCCUGAGAAGCCUGGGGCUCCCUGAGGGCAAGCUUGGGGACCCACAGAGCCCCCUUAUGCACAAGCGCAAGCUGGAGGAAAGGGAACUUUGGAAAGACAGAGAGAAUGAGGAGACUCUUCCUGGAGGAGCCCCUCACAAAAAGCCCCACCUGACUCUGGGGACCAACAACAACAGCAUUCCGGACAGGCCGUGACUCUUCCCAUUUUUGUUCCAUGCCCCUUGCCACCCCAAGGAUCCCAGAAGGCAGAGCGACCCUGUGGAAGCCCUGGGCCUUCUUGGAAGAGUGGGCUGGGGUGGAGCCUGGGGCUCAGGGACUGGGGUUUGGAGCUGCUUAACUCGCCCCACCCUACCAGGAGCCGGAAAGCCGACUUGGACUGUUUGGCUGAAUGUGGAGAUGAGAAGUCUGGCUUACCCUUCCAGAAGACAGGUCUGAACACCACGGGAAGGAGUGGGAAGCAGCUUUCAGGCUGUGCACAGGCCAAUGACCAAAGACCUUCAUGUUCAUGGGGAUGGGCAGAGGGAGUGGAGGGGCCAGACAUUGAGUAACAGUGUCUGAAGGGGGAGGCGAGGUUGGAGAGGACACGGGAUAACUGUUGUCUCGGGCUAAUGACAGGAGUCCAGAGUCCGGGCACCUCCUGGUAUUUUGUCCCCUGCGGCACAGGCCGUCCUAGAGAGCUGCCUUUUCUGCUUUCCUCAGUAAAGACAUCCCUCUCCACUGAUCCACUGAGUUGAGCCUUCAGCUCUCCCUGAGGUUACUGGAAGCACAAAAAGGGCCUUCCUGCAUUGUCUUUAGCAGGGUCUUCCAGAGCUUUGAGGGCCCAAACGAUAGGGGUCUUUCUCCUUGCCUCAGGUGCAGGUAGGAAAGAGCAAAAAGAGCCUUUCCUCCUUCCUGUAUACACACACACACACACACACACACUCCCAAGGGAGGCAGUUGGAGUAAGUGAAAUGUAUCUACUUAGGGAAUGUGAUUGCAGUGGUAGUUGGCUGCCAUCAGCCAUCAGCCAUUAGCCAUCUUUGCCGCUGCUAAUUGGGAGGCCCUGGGAACAGACAGAUAGCUGAUGGUCAGGACCUGAGCAGCCCUUGGAGCACAUAGAAGUCUGACAGGCACCCUCCUGCAGCUCCAGAUGAUGCUGAGGGAAUUGGGAGACACCCAAGGAAGGGUGAGGAGUAUUCAUGCCUUCUUUACCUCCUUGCGGUCUUUCCUUGACAAAGGUCAUUUGGGUGGAUUGGGUGUCCAGGAGGAGAAUUAAAGAGAGUUAAUGCCUUCCUAUCUGCACAAAA